AUGAAGUUCACCACUGUCGCCGUCGCCUUCUUCGUCGGCCUUGCCGCUGCCCUCCCCACCACCGACUCCUACACUCCUGCGCCCUACGGUGGCAACGGUGGACACAACGGAGGCCACAACGGUGGUAACAACGGAGGCCACAACGGUGGUCACAACGGCGGCAACAACGGCGGUAACAACGGCGGCAAUGGUGGCAACAAUGGUGGCAAUGGUGGUAACGGCAACAACGGAGGCAACAACGGAGGCAACAACGGAGGCAACAACGGAGGCAACAACGGAGGCAACAACGGAGGCAAUGGCGGUAACAACGGCGGCAAUGGUGGAAACAACGGCGGAAACGGUGGCAAUGGAAACAACGGUGGAAACGGAAACAACGGCGGCAAUGGCGGCAACAACGGUGGUAACAACGGCGGUAACAACGGAGGCAACGGCGGAAACAACGGCGGCAAUGGUGGAAACAAUGGCGGCAACAACGGAGGCAACGGCGGAAACAACGGUGGCAACAACGGAGGCAACAACGGAGGCAACGGCGGUAACAACGACUACGCGCCUUGCCCUUCCGGCCUCAGCAUGACCCCCGUCUGCUGCGCUACUAACGUCCUCGGCCUUCUCGCUCUCAACUGCGAUGCUCCCAGCAAGACUCCCACCUCGGCCAAGGACUUCCAGAAGAUCUGCGCCGACGCCGGCACGGCCGCCAAGUGCUGCACCCUCAACCUCCUCAACCAGGGUGUCCUGUGCCAGGUUCCCGUUGGCGUCGCCGCCUAA